AACAGGGCGAGGGAUCAUGGCUGCAGAACAAGAGGCUGAAGAAACUGUUUCUCAAGAGCUGCGCAGCGCCUCUGAGCUGAGGAUCGUGCUGCUUGGGGGACGCUGGGCUGGGAAGAGUUCAUCGGGGGACACCAUCCUGGGCAGGAAAGAGUUUAAAUCUGGAAUCAUCUCCUCAAAAGUAACAAGGGAGUGUAAGAAGAGAACAGGAGAAGUGGCUGGGAGACGGGUGACUGUGGUCGACACUCCAGACACAGACCGGGUCGAGAUUGAGAGAUGUGUUUCUCUGUCUGCCCCGGGACCCCACGCUUUCCUCCUGGUGAUGCAGGUGUAUUCAAAAUAUAUUAUUGACACUCGCAGCGAUGAAUACUGGAAAGCUGUAGUUAAACACCUGUGCGAAUCCUUUGAUAAAGUCGAGCAGCUGUUUGGUGAGAGAGCUGUGAGGAACACGAUGGUCCUUUUUACCCACGGGGAUUGUCUGGAAGGCAAGACAAUUGAACAGCGCAUUGAGGAAGCUGGCGAGGAGUUCCAGCAGCGUGUUCAGAAAUGUGGGAACAGGUAUCAUGUUCUCAACAAUAAGAAGAGGAGCGAUCGCACUCAGGUCACACAGCUCCUGGACAAGAUAGACAACAUGGUGAAGGGAAGUGGAGGCUGCUACAUCCCAAAUGAGAUUUACCAGCAGGUAGAAGAAAGGAUUAGACUAAAGGAACAGGAGCUGAAUAAGAAACACAAAGAGGAGCUGAGCAGGAAAGAAGAGGAGAUGAAACAGAAAUAUGAGGAGGAACAGAGUAGGAAAGAAGAGGAGCUGAUGGAGAAGUUGUGGAAGCAAAUGAAGGAAGAGGAGCUGGAGAAAGAGCCAGAGGAAUCCAAGCUGCCUGUCAGGAGAAGGAAAAGCUAUGAAAUCCUAUCACCCAAGAUGUCUGAAAGCAAAGUGGAGAACGAAUCAGAGGAAUUCAAGCUGCCUGUCAAGAGAAGGAAUAGCAAGGAGAUCAUCGACCCCAACAAUAACCAAGCGCCUCCCAGCCCCCCUGAGCUGAGGAUGGUGCUGAUUGGGAAGACUGGGGCUGGGAAGAGUGCAGCAGGAAACACCAUCCUGGGCAGAGAGGAGUUCAGAUCUGAAGCCAGCUCCUCUGCAGUAUCAAGGGAGGAUGAGAAGAGAAAAGGACAAGUAGCUGGGAGACCUGUUGCUGUGAUCGACACUCCAGAGCUCUCUCAGGACAAACUCCAGAUUAGGAGCUGUGUCUCUCUGUCUGCCCCGGGACCCCACGCUUUCCUCCUGGUGAUACCGGUGGGCCGAUUCCCAGAGGAAGAGAGGAGAGCAGUGGAGACAGUCCAGGAGAUAUUCAGUGAGGAGGCUGUGAGGAGCUACACGAUGCUGCUUUUCACACACGGUGACAAACUGAAAGGCAAGACCAUUGAGGAUUAUAUUCAGAUAGGCAGCAAGGAGCUCCAGCAGCUUGUUGAGAAAUGUGGGAACAGGUAUCAUGUUCUCAACACUGAGGACAGGAGCGAUCGCACUCAGGUCACACAGCUCCUGGACAAGAUAGACAACAUGGUGAAGGGAAACAACGGCAGCUACUACACCAGUGAGAUGUACCAGCAAGCAGAAGCAAAGAUCAGGCAAAGACAAGAGGAGAUACUGAAGGAGAAGGAAGAGACAAUACUGAGGGAGGAGGAGGAGCUGAGGGCAAAGCACCUGAAAGAACUGGAGAACACGAAAAGAGAGAGGAGACUGGAAAUCCAGAAACGAGACGAGAAGAUCAGAGAGCUGGAGGAGAGGAUCGGAGAGCUGGAGGAAGAGCUGAGGAAAGAACAGGGAGAGAAUCACACGAUCAAACUGGAGGAAGAGCUGAGGAGAAAGAGAGAGGAGAGAGAAAGGGCGGAGCGAGAGAAGGAGGAUUACAUCGAGAAGGGGAAGAAACAGAGGAGAGAGUGUGAGGAGAAACACAGGAGAGAGAUGGAGGCAGUCAGGCAGCGCUACGAGGAAAUCAUCAGACCAGAAGAAGAGACAGACAAUGAGUUUAUCAGCACAUAUGAAAAGCCAGCUGAAGCGAGAGGAGAAAGGGCAGCACUAGGGGCAGUGAUGAAUUAUGUCACAGGGCAGGAAGACUGA